UCAGAAUUGUCGCAUUAUCGAAAUUAUGCCGUUCCAUGCCGCUGUAGUCAACUGCGUUAUAAUGCGUCGCAUCUAUCCUGCGACCUGAGGCUUCAACCAUCUUGAUCAACUCUCCCUUGUUCUUCUACAAACCAAUGAUGGAAAACUCAUUGAAAUCCGAGUCUCCAGCUCAGACACUGGCAGAUGCCCAGCUGCCAGAAUACACCUUGGCUGAAGUUGCUACGCAUAAUCGAAAAGAUGAUUUAUGGAUUGCCAUUCACGGACAAGUAUUCGACGUGACCACCUAUCUCGUGGACCACCCUGGCGGAAUAGAAGUGCUCCUGGAGACCGCAGGCACAGAUGCCACUGCUGAAUUUGAGGAUGCUGGUCAUUCGGAAGACGCGUAUGAGAUUCUGCAAGAAUACUUGGUUGGCAAUUUGAAAGACGCGAAAAAAUAUGCCCCCCCCAAAGCUGUUCGCGUUAUCCCUCACAAAUUCGAGGAGAAAACAGCAUCGGGUUCACCAGCAGCCCGAUCAGCUGGUGCACUUGCCACUGCCCUGGGUACGGCGACAGCCCUGCUGUAUGUCGCCAAUCGAAGCAAACUAGGCGCCAUUGAUAUGAGGAAAGCCCUUGGCCAUGUCAUUCCCUCAAAGCUCAAUGUGUUCAGACUUCCAGGCGGGGAGUUUGCUCACGGCUUUAUUAUGGCCACUGCUGUAUGUGCAGUGAUGGGUAGCCUGAUCGCGCAACAGGCUGUGAAGUUCACUAAGAUUGAGUCUGGAUUCCUGAGGUAUCCGCCACGCAUCAAGGCCCGAAAGCGCCCAAGGGUUGACCCGCACUUGGUCAAGGGCUUUCUUGACGCAAAAGAAUACCGGCGCCUACCUUUGGUGCAGAAGGAUGAAGUGGCUUCGAAUGUGUACCGCUUUGUUUUCGCAUUGCCUGAUCAGAAAGGAGUCAUCGGCCUUCCGAUCGGACAACACGUUGCCAUCCGAGCUGUUAUCAACGAUACCACCGUAAGUCGAUCAUACACGCCGGUGUCUAAUAAUAUUGAUCUGGGCCGCCUCGAGCUGCUCGUCCGAUGUUAUCCAGACGGGCUUCUAAGCGGCCAGUACCUUGCCAAUUUAGAAGUGGGCGACGAGGUGGAGUUCCGUGGACCCAAGGGCUCGAUGAAGUACACCCGAGGCAUUUGCAAGAAGAUUGGAAUGGUCGCUGGAGGGACAGGCAUCACUCCCAUGUACCAAUUAAUCCGAGCAAUUUGUGAGGAUGACCGCGACACGACGGAAAUCUGCCUUAUCUACGCAAACCGGACGUACCAAGAUAUCCUACUGCGCGAGGAGCUCGAGACUUUUGCACGCAGGUAUCCUAAGAAUUUCAAGCUCUGGUACAUGCUUGACACAGCGCCCGAGGGAUGGCAAUUUGGCUCAGGCUACGUGACUCAAGCCGUGCUUAAUGAGCAUCUACCGACACCUUCACCAGAUACUAAGAUUCUGUUAUGUGGCCCUCCGCCGAUGGUUAGCGCCUGCAAGAAGACAUUGGUAGCGAUGGGAUUCCAGGCACCCGGGGCGAUGUCGAGGAUGAGCGACCAAAUUUUCUGCUUCUGA